GUGUUGCAUGUUAUAAUGAACAAUUCCUUUGACCUUAUUGUAUGGAAUACAUUUACUACCGUGUUUGAAGUCAUCACCUCAAAUGAGGUUAUUCACAUACGUGAACGUUUUGAGCAAGUAUUUCGACGCCCUUGCCAGGAAAAUGACACCAAUCGGCAUCACUGCACAAAAUGCUGAUGUGAAGUCGAUGGCGGAUGUAGAUGUUGUCUGGGCGGACCUCGGAGUCUCUCAGUAAACAUUUAUUUUUCUUUGAAGUAUUAGCGUCUGUGCGUCGUCAGUGUCGGCGGAUGUCUUGUUUGAGUGUCGCGUCGCAGAGCCACGUCCGACUGUCAUUGCUUUGACCCUUCAAGCUUGGAGGGCUUACACGGAUAAUUCAUCUUUAACCUGGAUUCUCGACAGAAUGCCUUUUGCUCCAAACCAAGUGAAACCUUACAUUUGCACUACUGAAGCCCACCCUCCCAUCCAAAUCAAGAUCCAGCAAGGGCUUUGAAUGAAAAUAAGUAAAUAAUAUAUAACUACGACUUAUAUUUCAACUCAAAUACCAUUCAAAGGCAGCUACAGCGUUUUUUGUGACGGACAAAAGCACCCAAGUCUUCAAGUCUUAACGACAAUAUCAGUCAUGUUUCAACGUCUGAGCAACCUACUGUUUGGGGAGGUGGAGGAGGUGGCAGCUGAGCUGAAGGGACCCAAGCCUUGUGUGACAGAGGCUGAUGAGGAAGGAUGGAUGCUUGUUAACUUGCCUGACCAAUCUGGCUGCAUAAUGGCGGCAGAGGAUGAGACACAGGCCCAAAUUUCUGCACAUCCAUUAAAGGACAGUAACCAACCAAAUCAUGAAAACACUCUGACACGGACUGAAUGCCAAACUUCCAUUCCCCGCCCACCAAACAAACGGUGUAGGACACGAAAAAGUCAGCCGCAAGGGGCAGUGGUAUUGUCAGAUCCACCGUCUUGCCCGAGAAGGGUCAGAAUGGCCAAGGCCUCCUCCACCCAGUCCCUUCCUCCUGACGGCGAGUGUGGGGGCAGUGGGGAUAGCAGUAGGGCAGGCUCGGAGAGCCUGAGAGCCUCAGUGAGAGGCUGCAUGGAUGAGAGCUGGUUUGUCACCCCUCCCCCCUGUUUCACUGCAGAAGGAGCCACCGCAGAAGCGAGCCCAAUGGAGGACCUGCUCAUCGAGCACCCCAGCAUGUCUGUGUACGUCUCCCCAAGCAACCUGUCCAUAGUCUCCAACGGAAACCUGUCAGUAGUGGACGAGGAAAGCAUUAUGAGUAUGGCAAGUAGUGUGAGCAGAGUGGCUGAGCCAGCUGCCGCUCCGGCUACCCACACCGCCGGCCCGUUCAGGGUGACUUUUGGACCUUACGUCCAGCCCAAGGUAGCCCAAGUGGCCAGGGUCCAGCGUGGCAAAGCUCGCAUUGAGCGCCGCCACCUGAGCCGCAACCGCAUCCAUCGCCAAAACCGCACCAGGGAGCAGGUUCCACGUCACGCAAGCCACGCUCGAAACACCUUCCUCCACCAGCCUAGCAAGCGUAACUUCUGCCACUAAAUCCCCAAAGAAGAGGGGCACCGUUUACUCUGAGGGCAUCCGAGGAACAUGUCGGGUUUUGUUUUGGCACAUUCAUGCACAAAUUUGAUUCUGCAUUCUGUAAUAGUCUGCUGCCCUGUUUUGCUGUUAAGAACACAAGCCCUCAGAGUAGAUCCGAGAACAACUUACUGCAGUAUCCAUACAAAUUAAAAAAUAUUUACCACAGUAAUAGAGAAAAAUAACAAAGUUUACCUAUAUUGAUUUCCUUUUCAUAGUCUUUCUUUCAAAAUU